AUGGCUCCGACUGGGCUGAAGGCGGUGGUCGGAGAGAAGAUCCUUAAUGGGGUAAUCUCCAGUGUCAAAAAGGAUGGCGAGUGGAAGGUCCUGCUGGUCGAUCACACCAGUAUGCGCAUACUGUCUUCGUGCUGUAAGAUGUCUGAUAUACUGGAUGAAGGCAUAACUAUUGUUGAAGAUGUUAAUAAGAGAAGAGAGCCCAUUCCGAGCCUGGAAGCCAUUUAUCUCAUCACUCCCAGUGAGAAGUCUAUCCGGGCCCUUAUAUCUGACUUCAGAGACUUGGGCGCACCCACGUAUAAAGCUGUACAUAUAUUCUUCACAGACACCUGCCCUGAGUCAUUGUUUAAUGAGAUGGGUAAAUCGAGGGUCCCUAAAGUGAUUAAAACAUUAAAGGAAAUUAACUUGGCCUUUUUACCUUAUGAAUCCCAGGUCUACUGCUUAGAUGCAAAGGAUGCCUUUCACACUCUCUUUAGCAAGACGGAAAAGGAAGUUAGAGAGAGGUGCCUGGAGACCCUGGCAGAACAGAUCGCCACCUUGUGUGAGACCCUGAAGGAGUACCCAUCAGUCAGAUACCGCAAUGGCUACGGAGACAACUCCAUCCUCGCUCACAUGGUGCAGGACCGACUGAACGCAUUCAAAGCAGAUAACCCAAACAUGGGAGAGGGCCCAGACAAGUCCCGCUCCCAGCUCCUCAUUGUGGAUCGUGGAUAUGACCCUGUGUCUCCCCUCCUGCAUGAACUUACAUUUCAGGCCAUGGCUCAUGACCUGCUAGACAUCAAGCAAGACAUAUACCACUAUGAGACUACGGGCAUUGGCGAUUCCCGGGAAAAGCAGGUUCUUUUGGAUGAAGAUGAUGACCUGUGGAUGGAGCUCCGUCACAUGCACAUUGCAGACGUGUCCAAGAAAGUCACAGAACUGCUGAGAUCUUUCUGUGAGAGUAAAAGAAUGACAACCGACAAGGCAAACAUUAAAGACCUGUCCCAAAUACUGAAAAAGAUGCCACAAUAUCAGAAGGAAUUAAAUAAGUAUUCCACACACCUCCACCUGGCAGAGGACUGCAUGAAGCGCUUCAAGGGAACUGUGGAAAAGCUGUGUGCUGUGGAGCAGGACUUGGCAAUGGGUGCAAAUGCAGAGGGAGAGAAUUUGAGGGACCCAAUGAAGAUUAUUGUUCCUGUGUUACUUGAUCCAAACGUCAAGCCCUAUGACAAGAUCCGUAUUAUCCUGCUGUAUAUAUAUCUGAAGAAUGGUAUAACAGAAGAAAAUUUAGCCAAACUAAUUCAGCAUGCCAAUAUUCAGAGUGACAGCAACAUUAUCAAGAACCUGAACAACCUGGGGACUCGUGUCUUGUCGGGGCAAUCAAGCUCCUCUCCUAACAAGCCAGUCAGGAAGCUACGUCCCGAGUCUACCUAUCAGCUGUCACGUUGGACACCUGUGCUGAAAGACAUCAUGGAGGAUGCCAUUGAAGAUAAGUUGGACAAAAAACACAGUGGCCUUUUGUGAGAGAGCCCUGUACACAGGGUGGAACUGCCCAAACAGUGGUGAGCGCACGAUUUGGUCACUGGCACAAGACGCGCAGUGCAGCAGAGUACAGGUCUGGACCACGGCUUCUGGUCUAUGUCCUGGGAGGAGUCUCCAUGUCUGAAAUGAGAUGUGCCUAUGAACUAACCAAAGCUACGGAGUCUAAAUGGGAGGUUUUGAUUGGGUCCACUCAUAUUUUAACACCCACCAUCUUUCUGGAUGGCCUAAAGUCUCUGGAUCUUCCAGCUCCUAUAAGUGAAUGA